AUGACUCUUGUCGUCUUGUUCACAUUCUGCAAUGCCGUCUCUCAUGCUUUCAGAUGGGCCACAGUGCCCGGUGCCAUUUACAGCGCCGAUAUCCCGCAGCGACUGCAGGAGGAGCUGGUGGGCAGGAAGGCGGCGGCUCUGCACCGGCAGCAGGCACAAGAGCAGCAGCAGCAACACUAUCAAGGCCAGAAACAACAAAGACUGGGGAGCGAGGGAAAGGCUCAGGCCCUUGCCACAUCCGGCGGUGCUCUAGAUGGCCACUAUCUCAUCGGAGUGGGCAAGGCCGACAUCACGGGGCCUGUUGUCGAGAUCAACAUGAUGGGCUAUGCCAACACCGAACAGGUCGGCAGCGGCGUACGUCAGCGCCUGUAUUCCCGCGCUUUUAUCGUGGGCGACCUUGAUCAGCCUGAUGACAGGUUCAUAUACCUCGUCCUGGAUACACAGGCUGGUGACACUGCCGUUCGAUACGGCAUUCUCCGGGGGCUUGAGGAACUCGGGCCGGAAUAUGCCAUGUAUGGGCACGACAACUUGGCCGUCACGGCGACCCACUCUCACUCCGGACCCGGCGCCUGGCUCAAUUAUCUCUUGCCCCAGAUCACCAGCAAAGGAUUCGACAGACAGAGUUACCAAGCUAUUGUCGACGGCUGCCUCUUGUCCAUCCGUCGCGCACAUGAGAGCUUGGAGCCCGGCACCCUCACCGCUGGCACCACCAAAGUCUUUGGCGCCAACAUCAAUCGAAGCCUCUAUGCCUAUCUCGCCAACCCGGCAGAGGAGAGGGCCAAGUACAACAUCAGCGCGGAAGACGACGGCUCUGUGGAGAAGGAUUUGACUCUGCUCAAGUUCAAUAGAGCAUCUGACGGCAAGAACAUUGGCGUGUUGACAUGGUUCCCUACCCACGGCACAUCCAUGUUGGCAAACAACACCCUCAUCACAGGAGACAACAAGGGCGUGGCUGCAGAUCUUUUUGAGAAGAAGGUUCGCGGAGGCAUCCAAGAGACGGACGACUUUGUUGCCGGCUUUUCUCAGGCUAACAUGGGUGACGCAAGCCCCAACACACUUGGCGGCUGGUGUGACGAUGGCACAGGCGAGCAGUGCGAGUUCAAGUCCAGCUCUUGUCGAAGCACCGGCAGGACUAGGCAGUGUCACGCAAGAGGGCCCUUUUUCAGAGAAAAGGAUGAGGGGGCCGCGUCGUGUUUCGAGAUUGGCAAGAAGCAGUACGAGGCAGCCCUGGCCCUCUACACGUCAAUGGAUUCGCAACCGCCAAACGUAAAGGGGUCAGGCGUCAAGGCAUUUCACCGAUUCCAUGACAUGUCCGACUUCCAAUUCCAGCUGCCCAACGGCUCUACAGUACGGACGUGCUCGGCGGCGCUGGGCUAUUCCUUCGCUGCCGGGACCUGGGACGAACCGGGCCAUUAUGAGAUAACGCAAUCGGGUUCUAACGAUACAAACUCAUCGCCCAAAUGGAGAGUUAUACGAUGGCUUGUCGGAGCUCCAAGCCCUGAGCAGAUGCAGUGUCACGCCCCCAAGCCCAUCCUCCUCAACGUCGGCAAGACGCACAAGCCUUAUCACUGGACGCCAGACAUUGUAGACAUUCAGACAUUUAGAGUUGGUCAAUUCAUUAUUGUCGUCAGCCCUGGAGAGGCGACGACGAUGGCAGGUAGACGGUGGAAAGAGGCUGUUGCAGAGAGCAGCAAGAUUCAAUUGGCAGAGGAGCUGGACGGCAAGGAACCCAUUGUCGUCUUUGGAGGGCCAAGCAACACUUAUACGCAUUAUAUCACGACGGAGCAGGAGUAUGGCAUCCAGCGAUAUGAGGGGGCGUCAACCCUCUAUGGCCCACAUACACUUGCAGCUUACAUAGAUCGGACUAAAGCACUGCUUCCUCUCUUGAAGGAUGAUACCCCUGGUGGAGAUCCCGAUUCCCGCGAAACCGGUCCCUUGCCCCCAGACAACAGUGACCGAUCCUUUGGUUUCAACACGGGCGUCUUGUUUGACGGCACGGCACAAUCUCAACAAUUUGGAGAUGUGAUUGUGGACGUUGACAAGAGCCAGUUUACCCCCGGUGACAAGGUGACGGCAACAUUUGUGGGAGCCAACCCGCGAAAUAACCUGCGAUUGGAGGAGACGUUUGCCGCCGUCGAGUACCGUCGCCCGGGCGAAACAGAGUGGACAAUGGUGCGGGAUGACUCGGACUGGAAGUUGACCUACCAGUGGAAGAGAAGCAGCGUGAUGAUGGGCACCAGCUCGGCAACUAUCUCAUGGGAGAUUGAGGAGUGGACGACGCCUGGCGAAUACAGACUUUGCUACUUUGGCGAUGCCAAGUCCAUUGACGGCGAUAUUACGGCGUUUGAAGGCAGAAGCACGGCGUUUAUGGUCAAUUAG